CUGCAAACGUCAGUCGACACUGACAACUCAAUUUCAAUUAAAUUUUGUUACUCUUUUAAAUAAAAUAAAUUUUUCACUACUUUAUCCAAUAAUUUUCUCAAGUUAAUUAAACUGUUAUUGGAAUCGCGAAAUAAGCUUUUAAUAAAAACCAUAACAAAAUGGUUUAUGUAGAUCGAGACGGCAGCGUUUUGCAACGUCGACCAUGGAGCGUAGCACGCGUAUUGGAGAUUUUCACCGGCCUUUGGUUCAUCUUGAUAACUUUUUUCAGGGCAUUAAUAUCGCCAUUCAUGAAGGACGAUCAUAGUAGCAGCAGCGGCAGUAAUAGCCGAAGAGGUGGUUGGGGUGGUGGCGGCGGCGGCGGGGGCUUUGGUGGAGGCGGCGGUGGCGGUAACGGAGGUGGUGGUGGUGGCGGCGGCGGUGGUUUCGGUCCCAACCGUCGUAUUGGACGUAUAAAUAAUACAUCAAUGGACGCACCAAGCUGUGGUAGUUGCUGUGGUUAAGAAUGGCUUGUGUUAAUAGCUCGCUGUUGAAAGUAAA